AUGAACAAGCAAAUUGUAAGCAACAUAAUUAAGGGGAAAUUCCUAGAAAAAAAAAUCAUUGAUAAACAAAUAAUAAAAAGGAAUGUAGAACAUAUCAUCCUACAUUUUAAUAGAUACAGCGAAGAAACAGACAAAUGUACAUUACUAAAAAACAUCAUUCCAUAUACAAAAAAUAUAUUCUUGGAUACACCUCAUUUGAAACAUUUAUAUGAACAUAUCAUUAAACCGUUAUUGAAAAAUGGGUAUAUCGAUUCGACAUACAUACCAAACAUUGUUCAUACUUUUAAAAAACAUGAAAAAUGUAAUUAUAUCCUGAAAGAAUUAUAUGAUCAUAUUAUUCACUUGAUUAAAGAAGGAAAGGUCCAUGUUCAUAAUGAUAUAAAUAUUUGGAUUGAUAUUCUACAAGUGUUUUCAUCAAAGAAGAGAGGUAUAAAUUUUGUUCCUUUAUUGAGAUAUAUUAUGACAAAUAAUAACAAUUAUGAAGAUAAUCAGUAUAAGAAAAUAAAUUCUCAUGCAAUUUGUGCCCCUGGAGGAAACGUUCGCAAUGAAGAAGCAAACAUACAAAAUGAUAGAAAUGGACAACACUAUGAGGAUUAUAAAUUUACUACAUUCACACCCAUUUCAUUAAGUGAUAUCCAUUACAAAUCAAUGGAAAUUCUUCUCCCAAGAACCUUUUGCAUACUUAUGAAUGUAUUGUCCAAGGUUAAAACACAAUGUACACAUGAUUCCACUUUUACUACCUUUCUUCAUGAAAAUAUACAAAAAAUUCUUCCGCAAAUGAACAAUAUCGAUUUAUGUCAACUUAUAGAAGCCCUUCUUGAGUUUAAGUGUGGUAUCGGGAUCUUAUUCACACUGGUAGAUCCAGAAGUGUUCAGAAGAGUUACGUCAUUUGAUAUAUUUCAACUAUCCAUCAUUUUUCACAAGUUGUCAAAAUAUUGGGAAAAUGUUGAAAAUAAAAAACUUUUUACCUUACUGUUCAUGCGAAAAGUAAAGAAAUAUGUAUCUCUAUAUUUGUUAUAUAAUCAGGAAGAGAAAUAUAUUUUAUUCACCAAGAAUAAAGCAUCUUUGAUUGAAAUAGUUCCUAUGUUUUUUUUGGCUUAUGUGAAAAAUAUGCAUUCUUUAUUACCACACUAUUUUUAUUUUUCAAAAAUUAUCAAGCUGCAAUUUUCCAUUUUGUCAAAACGUCUACUGCUUUUGAAAAAUAACCACCUUCUUUUUGAAGAAUUUUACCAGUAUGGAAAUUUGGAUCACAAAAAGAAGCACACAUACAUGAAUUGGCAGCAUUAUCAACAUUACUUAAACGAAGGGUGUAGAUAUUCAUCCAUUUUUCGCCUUAUGAACCAAACGAUAUCCAAUUUAAUGUAUGCACACGCAGGGUACCUUUACAAUAUCCUAACACUGCAAUAUACAAAGGAAGAAAACAUAUUAUUCAUACGCCAUCUAUUUUUAACAUUGAACAGUAUUUAUGAGCUACUUUCCCAAUUCAGCCUUUUUUAUCAUAACAGACAAGUAAUACCAAAUGGAUAUAAUUUUAUUCUUCCAUUACACAAAUCACAGCUUUUAAUUUUUUUAUACACCUAUUGGAGUUUCGUAAGGGAUUUAUAUUUCUACUUAAAUAAUUGCAAACAAAAAAAUAUUGCACAAACAGCUGAUUCAUUUUAUUUUAUCAAAUUGAAUAAUGUGAAAAAAAUAAACUUCCUUCUUACCACCUUGGAUGAUAUUAAUUUAAACGUCUUAAUGAAACAGACUUUGAAUGCAAAUAAUAAAUUCGUUAGUCACAUUUAUACACAUGUUCUAAAUGUGGUUAAUAAUUCCAGAACAGUUCCUCAUAACGCUGCUCUGAUUUUUCACAGGCGAGUACUGGGGCCAUACACAAUUUCUGAACUGUGCAGGUGA